CUAUCAGCAUUAAUAGUUUUAUCGUUUGGUGCAAUUUUAAUGUGGGGCAAAGAUGCGAUCACAAGAGAAUUAAAUGAAGCAAUCAGACCAUUGAUUAUGAAAUUGUAUAAUGAAGAAUAUGCACAAGAUUUUACAGAGUUAGCAGGGACUAUUUUACAAUCUACAA